AUGUCCAAAUUGUUUCGCUCGAUCGCCCAAGGGUACAGUAGUAAUAAUGGCGCUGAAUGGACGCCGACGAUUCGAUUCAUCAGCUACGACGAGAAUGGCGACGUGACUCGGACGCCGCCGAUCGAAGCCGACGAUCUACUCGAGUUCUUCGACGAGCAAGGCGCGAGUGCUGAGGUCAUUGUGAAGGCGAAAAUCUGGAAGCACCAAUUGUUCGACGUGUUCCCGGCGUGGUUCGGACUCUGGCACGAGUACAUCGUCGUCGAGACGACCAACUGGUUUUGGUCGUUCGAGAAGUUCUCGUGCUCGUUGUUCGUGCAGCGUUCGCGUCGACUCGACGACGUGCUUCGACGAAUCGCCGGCAAAUCGCGAAAGCCCGAGAGGCCCGAAGGCCGCUGGGACGACGACGUCCGAUUUGGCGAGACGAUUCAGAAUGUGAUCGAAUGGAUUCUGAACACCGGCAAACUCGAGACCAACUACGACACGUUCAAGAGCAAUUGCCAUUUUUUCGCCUCGCUUCUCUAUGAAGCCAUCACGAGAACGAAAAAGUUUGCGUCGCUCAGCGUUAAAGGCUCAAGCAAAAGCGUCGGCGGACAAUGGCAGCCGAAGAUCACAUUCGUUUCGUAUCGCGGCAACACGGUCGCCGAACGAUUGACGCUGUGCGGCUUCUCGAACAUUCUAGAAUUCGGCAAAUCGAUCGGAAUUGACGACGAGGCGAUCAUCGGCGUUGAGAAGCGAACACACAACCUGUUUCGGGGUGUUCCGUCUCUCGGAUUGCUCUACCACGAGUUCAUCAUUCUCAAAGCGAUUAGCUGGAAUUGGAGCAUCGAGAAGAACUCGGACGGCAUUCUUGUGCAGCGAGCGAAAACCGCUGACGUGCUCUACGACAACGCCGACGGGAUCCGCCGAACGUCGAGGACGAGCAGCUAUCUCAGCUGGCGGAACUACGACGAUUGCAGGCACACCAUUAAUCAUGUCUUUCAGUGGCUUCUAAACAACGAAGAGCUCAAGAGGACCUAUCAUUUGUUCGAAGACAAUUGCCAAAUUUUUGCGGCGCGACUCCACCAAGCGAUUUUGAAUGAAUUGGACAAAUUCGUGAGCGGCAUCUCGGAAGCGCCGCGCGAGGCGCGCAUCAAAUUCGCCUCGUACGGCGGCGCGACGGAAAUGAAAACGAGUCGAAAAGCCGACGAGCUGGUGGCGUUUUACGACGAGACGAAUCGCGUCGACGAGCGCAUCGACCAAGUCAAACUAUGGCGACAUCCGAUGCCGUCGAGAUCGUUGUUCGACUUCAAUCCGCCAUCGCACGAGUUCAUCACAAUCAAAACCGGCGACGUCUACUAUUCGUUCGACAAAUAUCCCGACGCGCUCUACAUCCAAAAGUCGGCCGAUGAGAAGGAUGUUCUGGCGAUGGUCUAUUCGAAACCGCGGCCGAAUCGCGAGCACCUCGUCGCCGAUGGCCGGUAUUGCACCAAAUUGGCGUAUAAUGAGUCGGUUCGUCAUAUCAUUGAGUGGAUUGUCAACACGAGAUGCUACGAGAACGCCAAAAUUGAUCCGCACACGUUCGGAUCGAGCGCGUUUGCCGACUUCGCCAUUUGUCGUCCGGCAUCGAAUCGACGUCGUUCGUCGUAUUGGAGUAUGGAGAGGAGCAACGUCAUCGCGCAAAUCACGAAGACCGCGAACGAUGUGAUUCAGAAGCUCGGUGAGUCAACGCCAUCAAUAUUGGGUCUCGACGCGCGUUUUGUCAGCUCGACGACUCGCCGACGGCCAACGGUGCACUUCGUCGCCUACCGCGACGGGUUGGUGUCUCGCAGCGACGAGUUGACGCUCGACGAGACGUCGAAAUUCGUCGCGACGCACUACGACGCCGACGACGCGAGAAUCGUUUCGUCGAAAAUCUGGAAGACGCCCUUCUUCGCGUGGUUUCCGCCAAUCUUCUGCGUUUGGCACGAGUUCGUCAUCGUCGAAUCGUCGUCGAAUCGCUAUUGGAGCUUCGAGAAGCACGACUACACGCGCGUCAUCAUUCAGACGUCGACACGCGAAUCGGAUGUGAGACAUCAUUCGGAAGGUGUCGGUCGGCAUUCGCCAACGAUUCCCGAAGGACGACAUUGCGAGUCGAUCGCGUUCAACGAGACGAUCGUCGAUUGCGUCGAGUGGAUUCGAAGGCGCCACACCAAAUCUGCCGCCUUCACCAAAUUCUGCCACCAUUUCGCUUCAUUGCUUUAUGAGGCGAUCAAUCGCCAAAAAGGACGCCGACUCGAUGAUGACUAA